GACUGAGGCAGAAAGCACCAGGAACAUCUCAACGUGAGUGCUGCUCAGCCUGUCAUCUGUCACCUUGUUUGAAACUUCUCCUUCUCCACCGGACGGACAGAGAAUGGGAAACUAUCCCAGCUAGUUUCUGAAGAGGAUACACAUUCAGGGGGAGCUGUGCUAAAACUGUCAGGUUGAGCCUCCAGUCACACCAUUUACCUCCAGAGCAGGAACCGGAGCACAUUGGAGAUGCAGACCUUCCUGAAAGGCCGGAGAGUCGGCUACUGGCUCAGCGAGAAGAAGAUGAAGAAGCUGAAUUUCCAGGCCUUUGCCGAUUUGUGCAGGAAAAGAGGAAUAGAAGUUGUUCAGCUGGACCUCAGCCAGCCUCUGGAGGAGCAGGGUCCUCUGGACGUCAUCAUCCACAAACUGACCGACCUCAUCCUGGAGGCGGACCAGAAUGACUCGCAGGCCGUGCUGCUGGUGCAGAGAGUACAGGACUACAUUGAUGCCCACCCUGAGACCAUUGUCCUGGACCCUCUGCCAGCCAUCCGAACUCUGCUGGACCGCUGCAAGUCCUACCAGCUCAUCCACAGGAUAGAGAGCUGUAUGCAAGACGAAAGGAUUUGCUCUCCUCCAUUCAUGGUCCUGAACACUGAGUGCAGCCCAGAUGUGCUGGAGCAGAUCAAGAGGCAAGGACUCACAUUCCCCUUCAUUUGCAAAACACGGGUGGCUCAUGGAACCAACUCCCACGAGAUGGCCAUUAUCUUCAGUGAAGAGGACCUGAAGGACGUGAAGCCCCCCUGUGUGAUCCAGAGCUUCAUCAACCACAACGCGGUGCUAUACAAGGUGUUUGUGGUGGGAGACUCCUACACCGUGGUGGAGAGACCUUCACUGAAGAACUUCCCUGCUGGACCUGCAGACAGGGAAGCCAUUUUCUUCAACAGCCACAAUGUUUCCAAACCAGAGUCGUCCUCAGACUUGACCACGAGAGAGAACGUGGAGGGAGUGUCCCAGCCCCCCAGUGAUGAUGUCAUCAGAGAGUUGUCCAGAUCUUUGCGGCAGGCGCUAGGCGUGUCCCUGUUUGGCAUCGACGUUAUCAUCAACAACCAAACAGGCCAACACGCCGUCAUCGACAUCAAUGCAUUCCCUGGUUAUGAGGGUGUCCCUGAGUUCUUCACUGACCUCCUGAACCACAUCACCAGCGUGCUUCAGAGCCACAGCCCGGACUUCGCCCCGGCCAGCGAGCAGCCCAAGAGCCUACCGGUGAGCACCACGGUACCCAGCGCCGCCACGCCGGCCCCCGCCUGCUGCAGCAUGCUGGGAAAAGAGGCCAGCGGCAGCCCCUGGAUCGUAGAGGGCGACGGCGGGCUGAAGGGCCCCCGCCAGAGACUGGGCUGCAACUCGGCCAUGUCCCCUAACUUCCAGCAGCACUGUGUCUCCACGAUAGCUACCAAGGCCUCCUCCCAGUGACUGAUCCCCCGCCCCCACUCCGUUUGAUCCCUGAACAAAAAAAACAAAACGGAUGACAAUGGUGACAAUAAUAAUGAAUAAUAAUCAUAAUAAUUAUGAUGUUAACGAUGAUAAUAUAUCUAAUCAAAAACAAACCUUUUCCUAUAUAGUUAUUGAAAAUGAUGGUGAUUGGGUGUAAGCUUUUUUCUCUCUGCCUUUUUGUAUUUUUCGUUUCAUCUAAUGAGACUUAACAGUACUGUAAUGUGAACUUUGGGAACUUUUUGGGAAUAGCUGAUUUUAUUUUUCUCUCCUGUGUGAGUUCUCUGUAAUGAAAGGGUCCAGAUGAGGUAGCUAAUGGAGUCAGGACUGGAGAAAGAUGUGCCACUAGACGUGCAAUGUAUGCUCCCUUGUAUCACACACACACACACUAACACACACACACACAGGUAUGUUUGCAUUGCGACCACGCCUGUGAUGAGUGUGUCUGUUUUCUGGUCAAUACCACUGACUCCUCUGCACAAAGUGACGGGGAGAAAAGGUGACUGGGCAUUUGAACACGCCUCCACAGGUCCAGGGCUGCUAUGUGACUGUGGCCAACUCACCGCAGAGGACACCAUGAGUCUGAACAUGAACGACAACAUAGUUUGGGGUUUUGUGGGUGUUUUGAACAAACGGGUAAGCCGUUUACUUUUCCGAGUGCCAUCAAAUUUCCGUCAUGUGUUGGAGGGACGACUGCAGAAUCAAAUCUCCAUGACCAUGUGACCAAGAUUUUCUUUUUUAUGAUUGUUGCAUCAAUGAUUUUAGGUCUUUGAGUGUUUUACUGUAUGUAAGAUGCCGGAUGUUAGGUCGUCAACAGACAACACGUCCUUGUUAGAGUCCCAGUUUGAUUCGCUGCAGGAAGACGAGGAUCACAUUCCUUUUCGUGUUUGUGGAUAUUUUCAGACAAUUCCAUGAUUUGUUUUUUCAGAAUUCCAGUGUGAGAUUGAACUCAUCUCUUCAAGACUCUUCUAUAGUCUCCUCAAACAGGCUUCUCCACAUGUCGUCAGUGCUUGUAUCUGUAAUGUGAGCAAACUCCUCUACUGAGGCUUCCCUAUCAAAAGAAUGCUGCUUUAAUUACAUAAUUAAGAAUCAGAACAUAUAUUAUUCCACCAGAAUUAAGGUCAAAUGUUAAAGUUUCAAAUUGGGUAUCAAAUAUUUUGAUAUCAUUGAAUAACAAUGGUUCCAGAUGAUUGAGGAAGUUGUUCGGCGGUGUAACGUCUGUGCUUAAUUUAGUUUCACUAACAGCAUUUUCUUACAAAACGCAGUAAAGAAAACUGGGUAAAGCUUGAAGCUCAGAUCCUUGGACCUGCUUCUGUUCCAGCUGCUGUUAUUGUCACAUGUUAAAAUACUUUGGAGGGGAAGCAGUGGGGGAGACAGUCCAGCUCUUGUUCCCAGUGUUCACUGUGAGAUUUUUUUACUCCGAUUUUGUUAAUAUCUUUGUCCUGAUAUCUACUAAGAGCAACUUUAUUUUAUUGAGAUUUUAUGGGAAAAAAAUGUUUUAUAUAAAUUAAAUGAAAGCACGAGGGAUGUUUUGGAACAAACGGUGGAUAUUUACUAGAGGUUUAGUAAAGCGCUGGGUCUGGUUGUACAGGUGGUGUCAAAGGGACACGUGUGGUUGAUGCUGUUGUCUCCCUCUAGCAUCUAGUGGGAAGGAGUGCCAACCUGUAGAUUUUCACAUUCCUCUGAGCCUGCUUCUUCUUCUCUUGUCCCAGAGAGCUCCUCCUAGCUGUCCCAUGUCCUCCUUCUGUAUCUGAUGGAACUGUCCUUGAAUAAGUGUCAGUGCAGCCAUCUCAACAACAUCUCUCUGGGACAAAAAGAAAAUCAUUGAUGCUCUGAGAUGUGGUCUUCUUUAGAUCACAUUGUGAGAAUAUUUCCACAAAGUGGUUAGCAUUCUGGUUUUAUCUCCCACAAUUUGUGUGUCAUGAAGAAAAUAAUUCAGCGUGUAAAGCAGCAGGUUCAGAGAAACUCUAACCCCAUGGUUCCUCCUCUAGAAAACGGGGAAACAUUUGAUGGGUGCGCCCCUGUUAAAGCUGGACAGGCUGAAAUCUGUGUACACCACUAUAUUGUGUGUCCUAUGUUGUGUUCCUUAUCGUGCUUCUUAAUGGGAAAUAAAUGGUUAAUCCUG